CGAGUCCAAACAUCCACCCGACAUUCGCAAGUGUUCACCUUGAGAACGUUUUACAUGGUCAUGGCUUAUAAAUCAAAGCGGUUCCGAGUCAUGAGCUGGCCACCUAUCCACUCACAACAUGUCGGUGACCAUCGUCAGCUUACAAGCUGAACGUCACGAAUCCGGCUUCGGUAUCGCCCAUCCUACUCCUCGCCUGACAUGGCGAUUCGGUUCGACAACGCUCAAAGACUGGAAACAAGCUUCUUACGAGCUUAUCAUCACCCAUCCUGGGAAUCAUCAGGCCGAGCACUACAUUGUCAAGUCUGAGCAGUCCGUCCUCGUUUCUUGGCCGUCGAAAUCUAUUCAAUCGAGAGAGAUCGUGGAGGUCAAAGUUCGUUCAACAGGUACCGAUGGGUCGACAACAAACUGGGCUGGGAUCACACUCGAAGCUGCUCUGCUUGACCGAGGAGAGUGGAAAGCUAAAUUUAUCUCCGGUCCUCCUCAAGAGGUUGACGCCCCCAAACCGCCUUUCCGUUUACGCAAGACCUUUGUUCUCAAGUCUGCUCCUAUUCAAGCUCGACUCUAUGCGUCUGCUCUCGGAGUGUACGAAUGCGAGAUCAACGGGAAGAGGGUAGGCGACCAGAUUCUGGCCCCCGGGUGGACAUCGUACAAGUACCAUCUCCGUUAUCAGAUAUACGAUAUCACCUCCCUCCUCCAGCAAGGCGAGAAUACGAUCACCGCGUACGUCGGAGAAGGAUGGUACGCUACCCGUCUUGGUAGACCUGGGAAACGCAAUAAUUGGGGCAGUCGCUUGGGAUUCUUGGGACAGCUCGAAACAGAUGGUGAGGCUGAAGUGGUGACGGAUGAGACGUGGGAAUGCGUCGAUGGGCCUAUCAAGAACUCCGAGAUUUAUAACGGCGAGGUGUACGAUUUGACAUACGACGAGUCCAAGGCGAAGAUCUCCCCUGUCGAAGUCCUCUCCUUCCCGGAAGCCCAACUCAUCGCUUCCGAUGCUCCACCAAUUAGGCGAGUCAAGGAAGUCAAAGCCGUGGAACUUAUCACGACACCUUCCGGCAAAUCCAUUCUCGAUUUCGGACAGAACCUUGUAGGAUUCUUGAGGAUUGAGACGGAUCUGAAAGGGAAGGAGCUAUUAUUGAGGCAUGCAGAGGUAUUGGAGGAUGGGGAGCUUGGAACAAGGCCGUUGAGAACGGCGGAGCCGAAUGAUAAGAUUAUUCUGGGUGGGAAGACGAAAGGAUGGGAACCCAAGUUCACUUUCCACGGCUUCAGGUACGUUGAGAUAGAGGGCAUCAGACCAACCCUCGAGGACUUUACCGCCAUUGUCAUUUUCUCCGAUAUGCGUCGUACAGGGACAUUCACAUCGAGUCAUGACAUGGUCAAUAGAUUGCACGAGAAUGUUGUAUGGGGAAUGAUGUCCAACUUCGUCUCUGUCCCGACUGAUUGUCCGCAGAGGGACGAACGAUUAGGAUGGACGGGGGAUAUUCAGGUAUUCGCACCGACUGCAAAUUACCUCUUUGACACUUCAGGGUUCCUUGAAGGUUGGCUCCAAGACGUGGCUGCCGAACAGAUUGAAUGGAAAGGCGUGCCGCCUACCGUCGUACCCUAUGUUCCUCCCAACAAAUUCAACGACCAAUACCCCAAACCCCAAUCCAUCUGGGCUGAUGUGGUAGCUAUCGCCCCUUGGGAUUUGUACAACACCUUUGGUGAUGAAAGGAUUAUGGAGAAGCAAUGGGGUAGCAUGCGCAUGUGGCUGGAUGAGGGUGUGCCGAGAGGCAAGGAUGGGCUUUGGUCAGAGAUAGCCCCUCAGUAUGGUGACUGGUUGGACCCGAAUGCUCCUCCUCAAUAUCCUGCGCAUGGGCGUACAGAUACACACUUUGUGGCCAAUGCCUACCUUGUCCACGUCACGUCCCUCGUUGCGAAAAUCGGUAAACUGCUGAAGAAGGAUCCCGAGGUAGUGAAGAAGUACGAAGAUGAUGCCACCCGAUUGCAUAAGCUUUUCCUUGAAGAAUAUACAACAUCCACGGGGCGAGUCGUUUCGGAUACCCAGACAGCUCUUGCUCUUGUUCUCAAGUUCAAUUUGCUCAAAGCAGAACAGAUUCCGCGAGCCCGGGAGAGGCUUGAGUUUCUGACAAGGUGGGCUUACUUCAAGGUAUCAACGGGCUUUGCGGGGACGCCCAUUUUGUUACCUGUCUUAGCCGAUAAUGGGCUAGAGCAUAUUGCGUACAGAAUGUUGCAAGAAAAAGAUAAUCCUUCGUGGCUGUACUCUGUGGGUAUGGGUGCAACUACUAUUUGGGAGAGAUGGGAUUCGAUGCUCCCCAACGGUCGAAUCAAUCCUGGUCAAAUGACUUCGUUCAACCACUACGCCCUUGGCGCUGUCGCUAAAUUCAUGCAUACCUACAUUGGUGGUCUCUCCCCUUCUUCUCCAGGUUGGAAGUCUGCCCUCAUCAAGCCCUUGCCCGGCGGCACGAUCACCUCUGCUCAAACAUCCUUCGACUCGCCUUAUGGACCUUACGUGUGUAAGUGGAAGAUUGAGGGGGAUACAAUGUUGGUUGAUACGGAAGUACCGCCCAACGGAAGCGCGAGGGUUGUUUUGAACGGGAUUGAUGAGGUUAUUGGGAGCGGGAAAAAGAGGUUCAAGGUGCCGUAUGAAAAAGACAAGAGAUGGCCACCCAAGGGUAUCCGAGGGCCGCAAAGUGUGUUCAUGCCUGAUGAGUUUGUGCCCUAGACGGAAUUUUCAGUUUGCAAUUGUGUUCUGGACAAUGAAAGGUUCCAGAUACUUGCCAGACUUGUUUACGUACGCGUAGCCUCUGUUUCGUCGACAAUAAUGAUGAAACCGUAGCCAAACUAAUCAUCCACCGACGUAUCAGGUUCCUGCGAGCCAAUUAAUA